UUCGAUGAAAGCGAGACGGUGGCUCGAGCACUGCGAUUGCGUAUGAUUAAGAUAAUCUGCGAUGAGCUGGCGCUCUCUCACUUUGCAAUGGGCUUUGUGCUGUACUUCAGCACUGGGAAGAACUUUCGUGACGGUGUGCAUCGUCUCUUCAUUCGUUGUGGCAUCUGUGGCAGAGACAAGACCACGGACACCACUCGCAACAGUAUGAGUAGUGAGGUGGGCAGAAGCAGUGUCUCCACUCGAUUGACUCGAGAGAAGAAAAUUCUCAUCACCACAUUGGCUAAUCACCAACAGGAGGGCAAACUUCUAGCACUGCGUCGAGGACUGCACUACUUUAAGCGCGGUCGAAAGAACUCCGACUUUCCCGGACUGGAUCAAUGCGGUCGUCGGGGUGAGCGACAACCCUCCAAGUUGCCAUUAACAUCAAAAAACAAUGCCAAUGGUGAUUUUCCGUCUCCUGUUUGA